GAAUACAUCCUUGGCAACCCUACCACUUCACCUCAGUCUAAUAACAAGAUAAUUAAAUGCCCAAAUCCACCGGCCCCCUCCUCGAACAACUCGGCAUCGGCACAGCAAACCAAUCCACCCCAAACAACAGCACACAGCUCGGCAACAUGACCGACAACACAACUGCAGCUGCCGACAAGAUCGGCGCAAACAAGGACACCAAUGCCAUUCCAAAGGAGAAUCCCAGUGUUAUCUCUUCGGAGGGCGCAAUUGGUAAACAAUUUAACCCAAACGGCACUAUCGGCCAGAUUGGCGAGAAGAUUGGUGGUCCGUUGAGCAAGGACGGGAUUGUUGGGAGUCAGUUUGAUGCGAGUAAGAAUGGGAUUGCAGGACAUGUUGAGAGGGCUGUUGAUGGGCCGAGGAAUCCGGCUGGGUCUAGUAAGUAGGUGAUGGGAGAGAGUGUGGAUGGGAAUUUGUAUUAUAGCCGAGAAGUAUUGUGUUUAUUCAUAUAUAAUGCGAACGGCUC